AUGUUGGCCUUGAGCCCGAUCAGUAGUCUACAUCCGACAUACUCUUCCGGUCUCGCUCCUGGGGUUCGGUUUGCCCUCGACUUGACAGAUAACAGCGCGGGCAUGUCUGGGAAGGAAGAUUUCCUCUUCUCUGGGCCGCAAGACACGGCCACACUGAGACCACCGGCGGACGCUUCGGCCCCGUUUGGUUUCCAGAGCAGGUUUACACAAUGGCCUUCGUCCAACUACGAUCCUUUCGCUGGAGAGCCCGGCGGACGUGUCUCUCCCGAUCGUACGGAAAGGCUGCGGCAACGGCUGCCCCCCGAGAUACAUGGCGCAACUCGCAUGCCCCCGACAACCGCCGUGGGCGAUCCUUUCCGCCCGCUGUCGUACAUGUCGCAAUCGUCCGCCUUUACUUCGGACCCGGGCUCCUACCAGCAGCUUGGCCCGCCACCCAGGUCGAAUCCGGACGACCAGAACGUUGCGCUUCGACGGCAAAGCCAGGACAGCUUCGUCCUCCAGACGGGAUCGCCUACCAGUCAAGGGUAUGCAGAGUUUGACUUGGAAACCCAGAAUCGACGGGCGUCUGAACUCGGCAGGACGGCUACUCGCUACCACACCCGAAGGCGCCCAUUUAAUCAGGACGAGUUUGAUGGUCCUUCACAGCUGCUGCCACUGCCUGUGCCUCAGCAGGAACACGCACGGUCCCAAGCUCUGCCGUCACUGCCUGUCCACCUCGAACUCGACGAGCAAGACGAGAUCAUUCUACAUGUGAACGACAUACUAUCACGAUGUGCCUUCCAUUUCGUGGCGAAAUAUCAGUUUCCCAUACCGCUGGAGCGGGAUAAACCCCGGGUUCGAACACCAGCCGACCGGGAGUGGACCGAGUGGGCUUAUCUGCUGAAAAGGCUUGCGACCAAGCGCAGAAUCCCAGCGCGGGUGCUCUACGACAACCAGAUAAAACAAUUUGUGACAACCCUGGAAAAUUCCAUUGCGGUCAGACAGAACAACAGAGACCAACAGCCCAGGACCCCCAAGGACGAUCGCUACAUGUUACAGCUUGUCAGUGCAGCUACACAAGUUGCCAGAAUUCUGAUGGACUCGUUGUCAAUGGAACAACUCGACGCUCUAUAUAGGCAGACGGAGAGCGUAAUCCUCGAAAGAAGAGCCAGGCUUAGAGGAUUGGGAUUUCAAUGA